AUGGACUGUUCGUGUUGCGGGCCAGGCCCUUCAUCGCUGCCGGCGAGUGCAUCUUUGCCUCUUGGAAACGAUGACUCAAGGAGCUCGGCUCGUCCAUCGGAUGCUGUUGCAUCUCAGGCAACCAACAAUUGCGACAUCGUCCAGAUUCGUCCUGGCAACCAAGCUGUGGAGCUGGAAGUCGGUUGCGAGGAAGCCGAAUCGACCUCUCAAGAAGCUUGCCAGGUCAGCUGCUGCGGAGGCAGCACCGCCCAUCUUCGGCCAACAAACGAUUCAGACAAUGCUCCGACGGACCUCCCCCUCGUUUGCACUGACAACUGUUGCGAUGGAGAGGCAACCCCGGGCAGCCAUGAAUCCCCCCCUGCAGCGGCCAAAGAGGAGCUGGAUGGGGCUUCGACUCAAGAGUCUGCCGACGAUUGCUGCCGUCCUUCUCCCGUCUGUAGCCUUGGGUGCUGCGAUAAACAAGAGCCCGUCCUUGCAGAGGAGGGGACAGUCAACUCGUCGGACAAAGGCUGUUCGGAUAACUGCUGCAGUGCCAAAUCGUAUCUCAAAUCACCAGAAUGCUGCCGUGGCAAGCCGUCGCCAUGCUGCGACGAAUCUUGCCUAGACCGCUUGGCUCUACGAGAAUGUGACUCUACAGCAAGCCCAGCUUGCGGCGGGCAGAAGCACCAACCUUGUGACCAGCACCGGCUUUCGAUUCGCCAGCAGUAUCGUGCCCGUCUCGAUGCGCUUGGAUGUAUCUGCCGUGCGCUGCUCGCGUUGGGGAAGGAGUCUUGUUGUGAUGCCCGACGGUCUUCUACUCCGGUGAAGACCAAAGGCUGCAAUCGCAGUCGCAGCCCGAAUGAAGCUGGCCGCAUUUCUAUUUCAUCUUGCUACUCGAGUUCCAUGCCAAAGAGACAAUCUACUUGCAAACGAAGACCAGCAAGACAUCAGUCCAAAACACCAUGCUGCCCUCCAAGUCCAACACAGUCUGCCACAUCCGAUGAUUCUUGCUGCAAGCCCAUCGCGAAACUUGCAGCAAAAUCCCCUCACUUUGAUCCCCAGGAGCAAUCCUUGGUUGGUAUCGAGGCCGUGGGCUCGAGAACCAAAGGCCGUGGCAAUAGUCACCCUGCUGCUGACAUGAAACUUGUCCAAUACCAAGGCGGUGCUAGCACAACCCUGUCGAGGGAAAUCAGCGCUCCGAACAAUGACAUUGAACAUUUAGUUCUUUCCGUUUCUGGCAUGACAUGCACAGGUUGCGAAACAAAACUCAACAGAACUCUUGGUGUGAUAUCCGGAGUCAAAAACCUAAAGACCAGUCUCGUUCUUUCCAGGGCGGAAUUCGACAUCGACCUCAACAUUGUGACUUCCGACCACGUCAUGAAACAUCUAGAACGAAGAACUGAAUUCAAAUGCGAGAUCCUUGCCAGUAAUGGAUCCACCCUCGACCUCGUUAUAAGUGAAGAUCCGGCAAUGUUCGUCAAUCAAUCUUUGCCUGAUGGCGUAUUGGAUAUUACCCUCGUCAAAAAGGAUGUCGCGAGAGUUUCUUUCAAUCCGCAUAUCAUUGGGUCCCGAGAUCUUAUGGAAAAGCACUGGAAAGGGCGUGCCACCCUCGCGCCGGGGGGUGAUGAUCCUGGACUUGCAGCGGGAAGAAAGCACGUUUCCUACCUGGGAUACAUGACAAUUUUAUCUAUAGCGCUUACAGUUCCCGUACUUGUCCUGGCCUGGGCUCCCUUGCCCAAGAGAGAAGUCGCAUAUAGCUCUGCUUCUCUAGUCCUCGCUACCAUUGUGCAGGUGGUGAUUGCGGGACCAUUCUAUCCCAAGGCACUGAAAGCGCUUCUGUUUUCACGAGUUAUCGAAAUGGACCUCUUGAUCGUGCUCAGUACAAGCGCCGCGUACGUAUUCUCCGUGGUAUCGUUUGGCUAUCUAGCAGCCGAGAAGCCUCUCCCCACCGAACAGUUCUUCGAGACAAGCACUCUCCUUGUCACACUGAUCAUGGUUGGCAGAUAUGUCGCAGCACUUGCGCGCCAAAAGGCGGUCGAAUCCAUUUCCAUGAGGACGUUGCAGGCCGAAACCGCUCUUCUGAUGGUGAAUGGCGACCCAUCAAAAACCGAGACUGUUGACGUGCGGUUACUUCAAUACGGCGACACGUUCAAAGUCCUCCCCGAAACCAGAAUCCCAACUGACGGGGUUGUAUUGUCUGGUUCCUCCGAAGUAGAUGAAUCUUUGCUGACUGGAGAGUCGCUUCCGGUUGAAAAGACGGCCAAGUCGCGUGUCAUUGCCGGGACUUUGAACGGCCCUGGUACUCUGAUUGUCCGACUCAACCGCCUCCCAGGCGACAACACGGUCGCUACGAUUGCAGCCAUGGUUGACGAAGCAAAGCUGUCUAAACCCAAGAUGCAAGAACUUGCAGACAAGGUGGCCUCUUAUUUUGUCCCGGUAGUUGUUGGGCUAACAAUCAUGACCUUUGUGAUUUGGGUUGCCGUCGGAGUAGCAAUACAGCACAAGUCUGGAUCUGGAGCAGCAGUGCAGGCAAUCACCUACGCCAUCACCGUGCUUAUUGUUUCUUGUCCGUGCGCUGUUGGGCUUGCGGUGCCCAUGGUCGUCGUCAUUGCUAGUGGAAUUGCAGCUGAGCGAGGAGUCAUCUUCAAGUCUGCGAACGCGAUUGAGGUUGCGCAUCAAACAACCCAUCUUGUUCUGGACAAGACUGGCACGCUGACCGAGGGCAAGUUGAGUGUCACCGCAGAGAACAUCGUCUCUGACCAUCAGAACAUGUCGUUUCUUCUGGGGCUAGUCGCCGACAAUAAGCAUCCAGUGUCCAUUGCGAUUGCCAACCAUCUCAGAAACAAGCACAUUGUGGCAACUCCUGUACGCCAAGUAAAGAGUCUGGUAGGCAAAGGUGUUGUGGGCUUGGCCGGUGACAAGACCUUGCGUGCUGGCAACUCACGUUGGUUGGGCUUUGACUGUCACCCUGCGGUGCAAGCUGUUGAUGCUCAAGAGCAUACUGUGCUUUGUUUCUCCAUCGAUGGCCAAUUGGCCGCCGUCUUUGGUCUAAAGGAUUCACUUCGCCCGGAUGCUUUACAUGUGGUUGGCCUACUUCAGCAACAGGGCAUCUUCGUUCAUAUAGUCUCUGGCGACGAUAACGGACCUGUUCAAGGUGUGGCUUUCAAGCUGGGAAUACCGACAAGCCACACACGCUCUCGCAGCACGCCAGCCGAUAAGCAACUAUAUAUCAAGCGCCUGCUGGAGGAUACCUCGGAGACAAAGGAACCGAUUGUCGUUUUCUGCGGCGAUGGCACGAACGAUUCAGUAGCCCUCGCCCAGGCAACUAUUGGUGUCCACAUGCAUGAGGGCAGUGAUGUAGCCCAAUCUGCAGCGGAUGUGGUUCUUAUGAGGCCCGGUCUUGCUGGCCUGGUGACUGUGAGGGAGGUGAGCAAAGCCUCGGUUCGACGGAUCAAGUUCAACUUUGCGUGGGCCUUUGUGUACAACACGUUUGCGGUGCUUCUCGCUGCCGGAGCUUUUGUGAAUGCGAGGAUCCCGCCAGAGUAUGCCGGCUUGGGCGAACUUGUUAGCGUUUUACCUGUGAUUGCAGCGGCGGUUCUCAUGCGUUGGUCAAGGGUCUAG